GUCCAAGCCCGGCCCAAACCGGGUUAGGCUCGUCGGGUCCGGCAAGCUACCCGCCCAUUUCCACCCUUAGUAACCCUACCCUACUCGCCUCAGACUUGCUUCUUCUUCUUCCUCUUCGGCGGGAAGAAUUCCUCUCCCAAUAUCUAUUUUGCCCCUCUGUAGAUCAGAUAUCUACUUCUCUGCCACCACAUACGAUAAGACACAGAGAGAGAGAGAGAGAGAGAGAGAGAGAGAGAGAGAGAGAGAGAGAGAGAGAGAUGCUUCCUUUCAUGCCUUCUUUCCCUUCUCUUCCCAAUCAAAUCCAAGCCCAUGGAAGCAACGAUUCAAACCAACAACAGGUGAAUUCGAGCAAUCCAAGCAGCAAUCUCACCCAUCCAUUUUCAUGCUCGUCGUGUACCCACCAAAUUCCUCCCCAGUUACAUGCUCUCAACAGUCAAUUCCUGAACCCGGUGAUGAUGCCGUUCAAUAAUGGAAAUACCCAUUUGAGUAACUUGCAUGGAAAUGGCAUAGUGAUUCCAAAUGGGCCACCUUCAAUGCCUUCGCACCGUUUCCCAAAUGCUGCUGCUAAUAAUCACCACAUGGUGCAAAAUGGUUAUGUGGGCAUGCCUCAAAAUUCAAAUCAAGUUGCACCAUCACCAAUACAUGGGCAAUUUUGUAAUUUGCCACAAAAUCUAAACCAAAUGGCGUUCAUGCAACCAAACGGGCAAUUCUUACCACAAAACCAUCUACAGAAUAUGAACCAAAUCAUGCUUGCAGGGUGUUUGCAUGCACAAAAUUUGAAUAAAAAUAUGCCAUUGCAACCACUUGGGCAGUGUUGUGCUCAUAAUCUGCCUCAAAGUCUGAACCAACUUAUGGGUUUGCCAAACGCGCAGUUCUGUUCGAACCAAAUGCAGAAUUUCAAUCAAGUACUGCCUUCACAUUGUUUGCAACACCCCAUGAGUCACACUCAUGUCUCUCCUCUUAACAUCCAUCCAAGCUCUCAACCUCCACAUGUACCGGGUUCUCAAAAUCCUAAUUUCUCUAUGAAUCCUCAAUUGGCCGCGGCGAAUUCUAAUGUGAAUCCCAAUAAUGCGGUCUUAUCUAAUGAAGCCACAAAAUUCAAUAACCAAGAUCCACAUAUCUUUAGCCCAUCUAUUGUGGGUCAGAAUGCCAUCCAAGGAUCCUCUGUUGCCACUCAGCACUUACAAGGGAGCCUAUUUCCAUCACUUGCCCAAGGUCCAGCGCAAAUUCUUCAGCCUCAAAAGAACAUGCAACCUGGUGGAUUCAAUCAGUCACAGGGGAAUGGCAUUCAAGGUGGAAAUAAUAAUGUCUCAAAUAUCAACCAAGGAAGUCCUACGACGAAGAACUUCAAUAGAAAUCUUCAUGGAUCUGGGAGAUUCCAGAAAUCUCAGUUUCACAACGUGUCAAAUGCAACGGCAAAGUUCACAAACACUGCCGGCAACUGGGGAAAAGGGAACUGCAACAGGGGAGCUGCAAAACCUCAUCCUGCAAACUCGAACAAAAAGGCCGUGCCAGAAUUUAAGAGAUCGCUUCCUUUGACCUAUACAGAAGAAGAAAUUCGACAAUGGCGUGAAGAGCGCAAAAAGAAUUUCCCAUCAAAAUCAAACAUGGAGAAGAAAUUGGCUGGAAGACAUGAAAAUGCUGAUGCCAACGACACGGAUGCCAAAAUUCGGCGCCAGCAACUGAAGGACAUCCUAGCCAAACAGGCGGAGUUGGGCGUCGAAGUUGCGGAAAUCCCGCCAAACUAUCUCUCAGAAACUGAAAACCAAGGUGGUAAAAGAGACGACAUGAAAAUGGGGCGUAAUAGAAAGGGUAGAUUCCGAAACAAGUAUGAUAAAAGAGGAGAUCACGGUCGAGAGAACGGGUGGGCCAAGAAACAAAAGUUGGAACAGGACAAGCAAUCUCUACCGUCUGUCCCAAGCAAGAGGAAUCCGACCCUACUAGAGAAGCUGCUGAGCGCGGAUAUAAAGAGAGAUAAGAGCCAUCUGUUGCAAGUUUUCAGGUUCAUGAUGUUGAAUUCUUUCUUCGAGGGUGGACCCAAAAAGCUGUUGGAGUUCCCUUUGAUUACGGUGAAAGAUGUGGGCCUCAAGGACGAGAUUGACAAAGGAAAGGUUUCUUUGCGUGGGGGUGAUGAUGCUGUAUCGGCCAAGGAAACCGAAAGUCAACCACAAGAUCUUAGUGUGGUCGAUGAUGAUGAUGAUGAUCAAGAUAGUAAAGGAGAAGUGAUGGUUUACGGGUAUGUCAGUGGAAAGGGUUGUGCCACGGAGCAGAUUGAGAAACCAGAGGCAGAAGAGGGAGAAAUCACAGACUAGAAAUUGAAAUGGUUGUAAGGAAUUGCAUUCCACCAGUGCUUUCCAUGCACCGAGUGCAUGUGUUCAAUCGUUUGUAGUGUUUGGAACUGUUGAUCUGAUGGGCUACAGUGUGGUGGGCCAUAGGCUGGAGAUUGUAAGAUUGUGGUCUGAGUGGACGACCCUGACCACCUGAUGUGAAUUUUGCCUGUUGAAUAUGGGCCGUCGCAUGUUUCUAUCGAAUAGCCUGUUUCCAUGUCAGCAAAUAUAACCCAAUAGAUUGAUUCUCGAGUUAUCGGCCAACCACGUGGUGGCCUGCCAAAUCAAUGGUCCUGAUCACCAUAGAUGAGUAUGAUGCAUAUAAUAGAGAGCCUUUCUUGUAUUUCCUUUGUUAAGUCUAGGAUUGACAAAUUCAGGUACUGGGCCUGUUUGGGUGCCACAUAAAAUUGAGUUCCAUCUCA